ACAGAUUGUGACUACUUUCAGAGGAGCUUUUUACCCAGCGAUGGGCAAGUGUAUUCCUCCUCUGGGAAAGUAGUGCUCCGGCGUCACCUGGAGACGAGCUGUCAAUCAUGAACAAGUCGCCGGGUGAUUGGUGAAGGGCGGAUCAUUGUCGGGCAGUUCCGCCAGAGCAGCGCUCUCUUAGAGAAGGCUGCAGUGAUCAACUCUCCAUUGAGUCAGGUCCAAACAAACACGGAACGACCUGCAACUUUCGCUUCCCCAGCCUCUAGGCUCGCAGCAAGUUUCUCACUUUGCUGCUUGUUUCGUUUCUGGGGUGGGUCUGUUUUGGGAAGGGGGGUGGUGGGUGUUUGAAUUCAGUCCCACCCGCUCCGACCUAACCUUGUUGCGCGUUGUGCUACAGAAUAGACAGCAGGCUCCUGCUUGCGUUUUACUGAGUUCUAGACUCCAGGCCUGGUCUAAAAUAUUCUCAGGUGAGUGUGAGACUCCGCGGUAUUUAUUCAUGGGGGGUGGGGGGCAGCAAUCUCAACGAAUUAGUGUGAGGCUAGGGAGUUUUUCUUUGAAGGGGCUAGUUUGAAAACGACCUCAGAUUGUGAACUAACUUGUGACUGUUAAAGUACAGCUCUCUAUGGCUAACUUUGAAUUUUUUUUCCCCCUUGUAUUUGUGUUGUUAACUAAUUCAAUUUUGUAACUGACCUGACUCCUCCUAAAGUACUUGGAUCGUUUAAUUUGUUUCAUUUUCUCACUGAAAAUUACAAUUGCAGCGUCCAAGGGCCGAUUGAAAAGCUUGAGUCCACUUUAGCGGCUAAUUGGAGAGGCGUGUUUUUCGUUUUUUUUGUUCAUUUAUUUUGCUGAUAAGGUUCCUCCUUUUAAAUUGCGUCCCCUGAGGUCUAAUCUAAAUUGUAAUUGACUUCAUUUGCACACGGCUAUCGCCUUUUAAAUGAGAGCACGGUUUUAUCUGGGUUCUGUGGAGGUGGAAACUUGGGUUAGGAAACUGUUGAUUGAGAAUGCGGGUUAAUUUUUUUUUUCAGCUAAGUGCUCUGAUGUUAUCGUCGCCGUAUGGAGGACAACUUUCAUUGAGAAAUGUCAACAUUGAAUAUUCAGGGUCGAUCUAAUUGUUUUUUUUAAAUUGGCGGCUGCGUUUUCUCUUUUGAAAGGAAUUUGUAGUGUUUCCCUUUUUUUGAUUUAGCAGAUUGUGAAAUAGUUACCUGUUUUCUAAAAGUCCUUCAGUGUCAGACGAUGGAAACGAGUUUAAUGAAACUUGAACCGAAAAAUAUUAUCAUUCUUUGUUUUCGAGUCUGUUUGACAUUCUUGGGAAAUUUUCCCCGGGGCACAGUAUAAACUGCAGGAGAUUAUUUUUUUUCAAACCAGGGUUGAUGUUUCGGACGUCGGUUUGAAAACUUAAAGGCUUAAUAUAUUUUAAUGAGGGCAGACUCCUGACCAUCAGCCUCUAUUCUCGCUACUGUCCGGUUAAUCUAAACGGAAACGGAAAAUCGAAGUCCCUGCAAUGAGCGCCAUUAAAUAUCGUGUGCCUGCAGUUCUGUCAUUAGUUCAUCAGGACUCGGUGACUCGGAAUUGUUCAUCACAGAAAUGAUUCCCUUUUAUCAUCAGUCAUCCGCCGGCUUCAAUCAUGGACAACACUUCACUUCCAAACAAGUUUACCAAGAGUAGGCUGAAAUGUUAGGCCUUUCGCACGCUUGCGUUCCAGUAAAAUGAUCCAAAUCUUAACACUUUAAAACUGAGCGAGUGUUAGUGAGUUCUGACAGUGGCCCUGAAGUUUUCAACUUUGGCUCGAAAGACGAGAUUUUAUUUUCUUGUAAAAUCACGUAAGUUUUUCCUUUCGCCUCGAAUGUGUGGACCGCGCGAUUUCGGUCUUUCAUUUUGUGUGGAUCUUGUUGACCAGAAGUUUUUAAUUUGGCGAAAAAUACAGCGAACUGAUCGGCCCACUUUAACUUGCCUGAUCUCGACAAUUUCCACACUUAAGUUUCACAAUAAAUUUAGUGGAUCUCUCUCUGGCCCACAUUAUCCUGUUCGAUUUGGGGGCUUUGGCCAACUUCAAGAAGAGUGAAGUCGAACCAUUUUGUAAACUUCUGGGUUUGCGUUUUUCGAAAAAGCAAUUUCCAAAGUGAAUCCAGACACUCUCUCUCUGUUUUGCCGGUUAAAUUAGAGUCCUACUCUGUCUGGGGCUGUUUGUGAUGUUUUAGAAACCACACUAAUUCUAAAAACACUUUUUGAUUUUUGGAAGUGAGAUUUUGUUUUAUUUUACAGGCGCCUGCGAUCUGGUGACUGCCGCAAAACGACGUUUUAUUUUUCGGCCGAAAUCUGCAGGUAUUUUCUCUUUAGCGGAGCACGGAAGGUUGACUGGCCUGGAUUUUGGGAAUAGUCCGAGGGACACGCUGCCUUUUCCCUGGCUUUGGAAGAUCGCCAUUCGUUAGUAUGAUGUCAUACCUCAAGCAGGCUCCGUACGGGAUGAACGGUCUCGGGCUGAGUGGCCCUGGGAUGGAGUUGCUCCACCACUCGGUGGGAUAUCCCGCGACCCCGCGCAAACAGCGGAGAGAGCGCACCACAUUCACCCGCUCGCAGCUCGAUGUGUUGGAGUCUCUGUUCGCAAAAACUCGUUACCCUGACAUCUUCAUGAGAGAAGAAGUGGCAUUAAAAAUUAACCUUCCCGAAUCCAGAGUGCAGGUUUGGUUUAAGAACCGCCGAGCUAAAUGCCGCCAGCAGCAGCAGAACGGGGGCGGCGGCGGCGGCGGCAGCGGCAAGGCCCGGCCGCCCAAGAAGAAGUGUUCCCCGGGCCGGGAGAGCAGCGGCUCGGACAGCAGCGGGCAGUUCACGCCGCCGGCCGCCUCCAGCUCCUCGGGCAGCGGCCCCAGCACCAACUCGAACCCGGCCUCGGCGCUCAGCACUCCGGCGGCAGCAGCGUCCAUCUGGAGCCCGGCGUCAAUCUCCCCGGGGGCGGCGGGCCCUGAAGCUCUGAGCGCCGCCGGCGCCUCGUGUAUGCAGCGCUGUCCGUCCGGCUCGGGCGGCGCCUACCCGCUGGCGUACGGCCAGGGCAGCGGCUACAGCAGCGCCUACCCCACCUCAUCCUCCUACUUCAGCGGCGUGGACUGCAGCUCGUACCUGGCUCCCAUGCACUCCCACCACCCUCACCACCAGCUGUCUGCCCAUAGCAGCGCUGCGCUCAGCCCCAUGAGCAGCUCUCCAAUGCCGGGGCACCACCUCAGUCAGAGCCCAGCUCACCAGGGCUACAGCGGGCCAGGACUGGCGUUCAACUCCGCCGACUGUCUGGACUAUAAAGAGCAAGCAACAUCUUGGAAACUCAACUUCAACACCAGUGACUGUUUGGAUUAUAAAGAGCAGGCUCCCUCCUGGAAGUUCCAAGUUUUGUGAAACUCAGUUUUACGCUCCAGCCUGGGAGCCUUUUAAUCAUUCUCCAACCCCCACUUUCUGAACUUGUUGCUUCUCUGUUCUGAUUUGACAGAGGGGACAGACUGGGACUUCACGUUGUUAACUGUUUGCUGGGUUCAUUUCCAUUUCUCCGUCUCCUUUUUAGGUGUUGACAAUCAAGCUGGUGUCUGUUUUAAUUGGAUUAUGCUGAGUGUAGGUGUUUGAGACAGAACCAAUCUCAUUGUCAUGGCCCUAGGAUGCAACAUUUACUGCACAACACAAACCUUUCAAUAAAGUCUAUUGAAUGAAAUGUA